AUGUCGACAGAGGAAGAAAACGUCCCAACGCAGGUCGAAUCAGGAGAUGCUGAAGCGGCGGUGACAACACCGGUGAGCGAGAAGAAACCGGCGGCGAAAGGUGGUAAAGCGAAGAAGACCAAGGAAGUUAAGGCGAAGAAGCCCGCGGCGAAGGUUCCGAGGAAGAAAGUCACUUCCUCUCACCCUACAUACGAAGAGAUGAUUAAGGACGCAAUCGUGACGUUGAAGGAGAGAACUGGAUCUAGUCAAUACGCGAUUCAGAAGUUCAUCGAGGAGAAGCAGAAGUCGCUUCCUCCUACUUUCAGGAAGCUUUUGCUUGUCAAUCUGAAGAGGCUUGUUGCUUCCGGGAAGUUGGUUAAGGUCAAGGCCUCUUUCAAAAUCCCGUCUGCUAAAUCCGCCGCAGCACCGAAACCGGCGGCGCCUGCUCCGGCCAAGAAGAAACCAGCAGCCAAAGCUGCCGCAGCUAAACCUAAACCUAAGGGCAAAGCCGCGGCUCCCGCUAAAGCCAAAGCAGCAGCCAAAGGAUCUAAGAAACCCGCUGCAGCCGCUGUAUCCAAGGCUAAAGCUGUUGCCGCAAAGCCAAAGGCCAAAGCCACUGCUAAACCUAAAUCGAAGACCGUCGCUGCUGUAUCCAAGACCAAAGCCGUUGCUGCGAAGCCAAAGGCUAAGGAGAGACCAGCUAAAGCAUCCAGGACCUCGACCAGAACAUCUCCAGGGAAGAAGGCUGCUCCUGCUAAGAAAGCUGCGGCUGCGACUAAGAAGUCUCCGGCAAAGAGCGUGAAGGCCAAGACUGUGAAGUCUCCGGCGAAAAGGGCAUCGACGAGGAAGGUGAAGAAGUGA